AUGGUAGAUAAAAACAAAGUACUACGAUUAAAUAGUGCUUUUGCCGUGAAUGAAAAAGCCUUACCUGCCAGCGGAAGCAGCGACAUUGAAUCUGUGUUUAUCGAAGGUUACGCAAGUACCGUUGAUAUUGACAGAAGCGGUGACGUUGUGCCAAAGUCCGUAUGGGAGAAAGGUAUUCAGAAUUACCUUAAAAAUCCAAUUAUUUUAGCACAGCAUGACUACGAUGAUCCUAUCGGACGCAUGACGGAAUAUAAAGUGGAUGAUAAGGGACUAUGGGUAAAAGCCCGUAUUUCUUCAGCUGCUGAAGAAGUAUUUGGUCUUAUCAAAGACAAAAUUUUAACAGCGUUCAGUAUUGGCUUCCGUAUCUUAGAUGCAGAAUACAAUAGUGCUGCAGAGGUAUUUGUUAUUAAGGAACUUGAACUUGUCGAGAUUUCGGUAGUUUCUGUGCCUUGCAAUCAAAAUACUCUAUUCGAUCUGUCCAAAGCAUUUGAAAAUGACUCGGACUAUAAACAGUUUAAACAGCAAUUUGCACCCAAAGGCGACUCAGCUAAAGGGCUAGAAUCCAACACGGAAGCAAAGAGCACAACAACAAAGGAAUUGGACAUGACUCCAGAAGAAAUGCAAAAAAUGCUUGCUGACGCCGCUGCUAAGGCUGCCGAAGAAGCUACCCAAAAAUUACUAGCAACUCAAGCUGCUGAAAAAGCUGCUCAAGAUGCUAAAGCCAAGGCUCAAGCUGAGCUAGAAGCACAAGUUAAGAGCGCAGUUGCUGCUCAAAUUUCCGUUGGCCAAAGCGGUGCUGAAAAGCUACUAGCUGAAGUCACUAAGCGUUUUGAAGACCAAGCUGCUGAACAAAAGAGCGUUCUAGACGGCCUACAAGCUUCAUUAAAAGAAAAAGCUGACGAAAUCGCUAAGAUUCAAGCCAGCAAAAUGUCUUUCGCUGACAAACAAGCUGCUGGUGGUUCUGAGUACGCAGAACGCGAAAAAGCAGUUAUGCUAGCUAAGAUUGCUGGUAAGUCUAUUGCUGACACUAAGUUCGGUCGUGAAAUGAUCGAAAAAACAGGUCAACACCUACCAAGCGCUACAUGGGAACUAGAAGUUUCUACAAACAUGGAAGCUGAAGUUCGUCGUCGUUUAGUUGUUGCUCCGCUAGUUCGCGCAGUUAACAUGAAAACUAACGUUAUGACUAUGCCUCUAAACCCAGAAGCUGGUUUAGCAUCUUGGGUUGUUAACGCUGACUUCGGUAGUGCUAACAGUGCUGGCGGUACAACUGCUACUACUGGUCAAACUCCAGGUUCUGGCAGCCCACACGCUAUCAAAGAGAUCACUCUAAAUGCGUAUAAAGUAGCUACUAAAGAAUAUCUAAACUACGAAGAAGAAGAAGAUAGCCUAUUGGUUAUUAUGCCUAUCGUUCGCGAUGCAAUGAUUCGUCGUUUAGCACGUAGUGUUGACCGCGCUUAUCUACUAGGUGCUGGUUCUGGUGCUGACCCAGUUAAGGGCUUAGCUAACUACGCUACAGUUAACACAACAUCUACAGGUUCAGUAGCUGCUACAGCUGCUAGUAUCGCUAACCUACGCAGCCUACGUCGUAACCUAGGUGCAUGGGGUCUAGACCCAGCAGAAGUUGUUUAUGUUGUUUCCACAGAAGUUUACUACGACUUACUAGAUGACAGCACAUUCCAGACUAUGAACCAAGUUGGUCCACAGGCUACAUUACUAACUGGCCAAGUUGGUCAAAUCGGUAACAGCCCAGUUCUAGUAUCCGCAGAAUUCGCUUCUAAGGGUGUUAACCAAACUGGUGCCAUCGCUUUUGCUCCAGGUAACUUCAUGGCAGGUAAUCAGCGUGGUCUACGUAUGGAUACACAAGAAUUAGUUGAAACUCAGCGUCGUGUUCUAGUUGCGUCUCUACGCACUGGUAUGACUCAAGUUACUACUAACCUUGGUAACGGCGUUAGCGCUUUCAAGUGGGGCGCUACAGCUUAA